GCUGGAUUUUUAUUGUGGGUUCGGCUUAAACCCACAAUAAAAAUCCCUCGACACUCAGCGCUGCUCGCAGUGACGUGUAAAGUCCAUCCCAGUCCUUGGAUUGGUCGAUUGUUGUCCAUUGUAGGCAGUUGUGCGUGUCAUAAUCAUCUCGGACUCCAGAACCUCAAAUUCGGGGGUGAAAAACAAGCUCCAAACAGUGCUCAGUGCCUCGAAACUCAAAAACCUCUGUUGGCAAGAGCCGCAGAAUUGACAAUCUACCCGUAAGUUACACAUCCAAAAAUGUUAAAUUAUUUUCUACUACUAACAGUGUCAGCGGUGGUCUUAUCACUCGAGUUGAGCCACGUAGCCGGUACACAAGUGCCAAGACCCCGUGGUGUGCCGAUAUCAAAGGCAUCACUCUAUAGUCCUGAGCGUGACUUUGAGUGUCUCGAUGGCAGUCGCAAAAUACUUUUUCACCGGGUGAAUGAUGAUUACUGUGACUGCGGGGAUGGGAGCGAUGAGCCUGGCACUGCUGCAUGCUCCAACGGUCAUUUUUACUGCCAAAAUGCGGGGUUUGAGGCGCAGUAUAUUCCAUCGAGUCGAGUGAACGAUGGGGUUUGUGAUUGUUGUGAUACCAGUGAUGAGUAUGCCUCUGGGGCCAAGUGUCUUGACAAUUGUCAUGAGCUGGGGCGCGAGGCCAGGGCUGAGGCCGAGAAAGCGGCCGAAGAGGCCAAGGCGGGGAACCAAAUUCGUCUGGAGAUGUGCGCCGAGGGGAAGAAACUCAAGGAGGAGAGGGCAUCGAAGCUGGCCAAGCUGAAGGGGGACUAUGAGGAGGCGAAGAUGAUCAGGGAGGAGAAGGAGAACAUUAAGAAUCAGGUGGAGGAGAGGGAGAGGGCGGCCUUGGAGAAGUACAAGCCUGUGGAGCCCGAACCCAAGGAAGAGCCCAAGGAGGAGGCGCGGGAGAUCGAGGCGGAGGAGUACUUCAGGAUGGUGGACUCAGAUGAGAGCGGAACUGUCACUGUCGCUGAGAUACAGACAAGGGUGACCUUCGAUCGCGAUGGGAAUGGAGUCGUUACGGAGGAAGAGGCCAUGUACUUCCUUGGGAACAGGGAUGAGGUGAAUCUGGAGGAGUUCUUGGAGAAGUCCUGGGAGAACAUCAAGCCUUUCCUCAUGAGGGAACGAGGAGCUUUCCUUCCCCCAAGUCAACCUCAAGACCAGGGAGAGGAUCACCCAGAGGACCACCCAGACGACGAAGAUCACGACUCAGACGACCACGAGGAUGACCUCGAUCACGAGGACGAGGCGCACCACGAGGAAGUGGAGAAAGACCCCGAGCCAGAGCCAGAGCCAGAGGUGAAGUACGACGAAGAGACUCAAGCCCUUGUGAACGAAGCGAACGAAGCAAGAACCCACUACCAACAGGCCGAGAAGAACGUCAUGGACAUUGGGAACGAGAUAAGGGACCUGGAGGCGAAAGUUGAACGUGACUAUGGCCCUGACGAGGUAUUCGCCACCCUCGAUGGCCAGUGCUUCAAGCUCUCAGACCUGGAGUACGUCUACUCGUUGUGUCUGUAUGGGAAAGCCACUCAGAGCGCUAAAUCCGGGGGCAGUGAAGUCUCCCUGGGGCAGUGGUCAGACUGGACUGGCGUGGGACCUCACAAGUACACACAGAUGAAAUUCGACAGGGGACACACUUGCUGGAAUGGGCCGGCUCGCACUGUCACUGUUAAUUUACGAUGUGGCAAGGAGAAUAAACUCAUCUCAGCGUCCGAACCCAAUCGAUGUGAAUACGCCAUGAUCUUCACAACUCCUGCUCUUUGCGAUCCCAAUGCAGAGGCUCAGAGCAACCAUGAUGAGCUGUAGGGAGGGGUUGUGCACCAUUUUUUGCACGAAUUAGCACACAAAUUUGUCGAGUUCGACUGGAAAUUUUGAAUACUUCAUCGGUUCUUUUAAUGAUCGACUGAAUUCUUUGGUUUUUAUUUUUUAUUGGUCAGUAGAGGAGUCAUUGACGAGAUAUACUCUGUUGGAUAGUGGAAAUUGAAAUAAACUCUUCUCUUUCAUUCGACGAAUUUACGGAGAAGUGCCUAACCAAUUUAAUUCCUCAAACACAGCUCAAUGUUUCAUUCUCUUUGAUUUGAUGGUGAAUUUAGAAUAUUGAACUCAUUUAUCGUCUUGUAAUUCAGAAUGUUUCGUGUUCUGUUAAAUAACGAAAUUGAAAUGAGAGCUUUUCUUUGAUUCAGCGAAUUUAUAGAAAAGUGCCUAGUGAGUUUAAUACCUCAAUCACAGCUCAACAUUUCGUUCUUUCUUGAUUGAAUGCUGAAUUUAGAAUGUUCAGUCGAUUAUUAUUGAUUCAUCAUUAACAAUUUCCGUUGAUGUUUACGUAUUAAAUAAAAGUGAAACGUAUUUUCUUCACUGAAAAACUUAAACUUACAUCAUAGAUUGAAUAAUUGUUGUUAAAUGUCAUUAAUGCGAUUAUCGGAUCCACUGUUACAUUCCUCUUUUGUACAUUUGAAGGGGCGAAUUCAAGGGGAUCAUUCGGAAGAGAGAAUACUAAAUGAACGGAUGAAUGAGUUUAAUCAUUAAGGUCCUGUGAUAGCGCAUUCGUUUUUUGGUUCUCGUGAAUACAACUGAACUUUUUUGUUUCCCCUCGAGGGAGAUGGACAACUGCAUCAUACUAUUAUUAAGUAUUUUGUAAUUUUUUAAAUCUCUCGGCGUUCGAGGGUGUCUGCAGGGAACGAAUAACCUGAAAUAAAGAUUGAAUUGAGAACCUUUGAA